GACGUAUUUCCGGCCGCUGCCGGGUUUGUUGUGUAGUCAGGUACUAGCCAGUGAGUCAGUAAGAUGGCGGCUGCGGCGGUGGUGGAGUUCCAGAGGGCUCAGUCUCUACUCAGCACGGACCGCAACGCGUCCAUCGAUAUUUUACACUCGAUAGUGAAGCGAGAAAUCCAGGAGAAUGAUGAGGAGGCUGUGCGGGUCAAAGAGCAGAGCAUCCUGGAGCUGGGGUCACUCCUGGCCAAGACAGGGCAGGCUGCAGAGCUCGGGGGCCUGUUGAAGUAUGUGCGACCGUUCCUGAACUCGAUCAGCAAGGCCAAGGCAGCCAGGCUGGUUCGCUUGUUACUCGACCUAUUUCUGGACAUGGAGGCAGCCACUGGCCAAGAGGUCCAGCUGUGCCUAGAGUGCAUUGAAUGGGCAAAAGCAGAGAAGAGGACUUUUUUACGUCAAGCUCUAGAGGCUCGGCUGGUUUCACUGUAUUUCGACACGAAGAGGUACCAGGAGGCUCUGCAUCUUGGGUCCCAGUUGCUGCGGGAGCUGAAAAAGAUGGAUGACAAGGCACUGCUGGUGGAGGUGCAGCUGCUGGAGAGUAAGACGUAUCACGGCCUCAGUAAUUUGCCCAAAGCACGGGCUGCCCUCACUUCAGCCAGGACGACUGCCAACGCCAUCUACUGCCCGCCCAAGCUGCAGGCUGCCCUGGACAUGCAGUCAGGGAUCAUCCAUGCAGCGGAGGAGAAGGACUGGAAAACGGCCUACUCCUAUUUCUAUGAGGCGUUUGAGGGGUAUGAUUCAAUUGACAGCCCCCGGGCCAUCACAGCACUCAAGUACAUGCUGCUCUGCAAGAUCAUGCUUAACUCCCCAGAGGAUGUGCAGGCCUUGAUAAGUGGAAAACUAGCUCUGCGGUAUGCAGGACGACAGACCGACGCACUGAAAUGUGUGGCUCAGGCCAGCAAGAAUCGGUCAUUGGCAGACUUUGAGAAGGCCCUGACAGAGUACCGAGGGGAGCUGCGGGACGACCCCAUCAUCAGCACCCACCUGGCCAAACUCUACGACAACCUACUGGAGCAGAACCUCAUCCGGGUCAUCGAGCCCUUCUCCAGAGUGCAGAUUGAACACAUAUCAACUCUUAUUAAACUUCCAAAAGGCGACGUAGAGAGAAAGUUGUCCCAGAUGAUUCUGGACAAGAAGUUUCAUGGGAUCCUGGACCAGGGAGAGGGUGUGCUGAUUAUAUUUGACGAGCCACCAGUAGAUAAAACAUACGAAGCAGCUCUUGAAACCAUUCAGAAUAUGAGCAAAGUAGUGGAUUCACUCUACAACAAAGCUAAGAAGUUAACAUAGGAGGCGAGGCUGUGUACUUGGAGAGUGUGUGUGACGGAGAGUGGAACCUUGGGGGGGAAAAAACAAACUGCGAUGAGAUUCCUUUAUUUCCUUUUGCUUUCACUGGGAAAGUUUUUAAUAUCUCCCUCAUUGGAUGAAAUUCUCUAUUCCUUGCAUCAUCACUUUUUCUUUCAGGUUUCUGUAUAGCACCCAGCGGCCUCAGUUGGCUAUCAGGGAAUAUUGUAAAAUAAAAACAUAUACAGUGUAUAUAUAUAUAUAUAUAUAUAUAUAUAUAUAUAUAUAUAUAUAUAUAUAUAUAUAUAUAUAUAUAUAUAUAUAUAUAAACCUUUAAGAGAAUUAAAAUAGUAGGCUUACACUGCCUAAAGUGUGUCCUCCCUUUCUCAACAAGGUUUAAAGCUGUAUGUCUAUAACCCUCACCCCCGGACAAAAGCUAAGGACACUGUAGAAAGUAUUUAAGUAAAAGCUCUAUGUGUGGUUUUGAUCCUGAUAUUCUUUUUGCUUGCCACACUAACCCCUGUAAAACUGAAAUGAUCGGCUGUUCCCCAUUCUUGCUGGUAAAUUAUCCCAGUUGUACCUCUAAGCAGAAACUGAUUUGCCAAGUAUUACUAUUUCCCUUACUAGCCAUUAUGGUCUUAAAAUAAAAAAAGUAAAAUAAAGAAACCUUGGCAAGAGUCCUUUUAAUGAAAGUUAGUUUUGUAAGGUACAGUGAAGAGUCACAUGUAACAGGAAAUCUAUGGUAAAUCUACAGUGCAAUGCCCCUGCCUUUUUUUUUUUUUUUUUUUUUUUUUUUAAGGGGGUGAAUCAGGGCAGUGAUGGUUCUUCAGCAGGAAAAACUUUAUUCGCCAAGCUCUGUAUUUUUGAUGUCUUAAAAAAAGAAAAAAAGGUUUUACGUAUAUCUCUUGCCCCAUACAAGCUGCUGUCUGACCUCUAUAAGCUGGGGUUUUUUUCUCAGCUAUAAAGCAUGGGUGUGUACUCCAAAUAUAUGGUUUAAUCGAAGCCAUGUAUAUUCCUAGUUUUAUAAUUUCUGAUCUUGGGAGAGCUGAUUGUCCACUGAGUUUUGUCUAUCUCCUUUCCAGUUGGUUCCUCAAGGCUACGCCUCUCGGUAGUGGCUAGCGAGUCCACAAUACCGUUUGAUUCAUGGUCAUUGUUUUUCCAGGGAUCCUUGGUGUGUAAUAUUGGUGUGUAGUACUAACUGGGAGUACAAAUGAAAAGCCUCCACUUUGAGGCAUUUUCUGCACCUAGUUAUUCCACUUCAUAUCUGCAAGGUCAUGACAUCACACAAGGAUUUCCUAGAUUGGUGACAAAAGGUGUAACAGGAAGAAACCUGAGAAGGAUACAGGUUCAUUCAGCCACUUAAACUAAAGGGAGGUCAACCUGUGUGGAACUGCAAUUUAACCACUGAGUUUUUUAUUCAGCCAUUAUCUACCAAUAAGAGAGAAAGGGGGUCACUUUAUUGAGACAGCCUGGUCAUUUUAACAGCAACUUCCUGAUUGUUGAAUUCAACAGGGUGUACAGAAAGUCCAAAUACAGUAUUGUGGAUCAAAUUAACUACCCUUUUAAUGCGUUUUCCUUGUUUUGACCAAUAACUUUUGUUUUUUGCGCAUUGCAUUACCAGAAUAUUGUUAAUUUGUUAUUGGUUCUUUUUUAUGGGGAUAACCAAACCUGAAUUUUCUGCACAACCUGAGUGUCGUUGAGUAGAACGUUUGUGUUUGUGACCUAGUGUUUAGAGAGGGAUAGAUGUUUGAACCUGUUUCAUCAGCCCAGCCAUAGGUUUGCUGUAAGGCCUGUGUGUGUGAGAGGUGUCUUGGUGACAAUUAUGUUAAAAUUGGUUAACUUGUAACUUCCUAUUAAGCUUGCCACUAUUUUUAUUAGAGGGAAAACAACAAAAGGACAGCUAAAUUAAUAUACAGCCUCCCAAAGGAUUAAAGAUGGUUGCCACUGUUGAAAUUUUAUGAUGAGCCACCCAUGUUUGGAUUACUUAAUCUUACCUUGCGUGUUGCAUUGUUGCUGUUUUAUUAAAACCAAGAACACCUUGCAACCGAACUGGUAUGGAUACUCGAGUGAACAAGAGAUCUGUGUUCAAUCCCGAGUAAGCUCUCCUGUUUCUUCAGUGAUUCACUUCUGAAUUUCUCAAUGCUGCCUUAAUAUCCUUGAAGAACGGUCAUUCUGCAUGUACAAAUAAAGAACAGUGUUGAUUGGUUUGAAUCUUAAAUGGUAACUCCAAAUCUGUUCAGUUUCUUUCUGCUGUACAUAACUUGAAUCGCUUUCCAAGCUCUUCUUACAAAGACAGUUUUUUAUUGCGUAUAAUAUCUAUCUGUCUAUCUAUCUCUAUCUCUUAUUUUAUGUCAGUAACCUCCAAUAUAGGCUAUAGAUAAGAGGCUUUGGGUCUUAGACUUUUUACCUGGUUUUGUGUAAGAAAAGAACAGCUGACAAAUGCAUGAGCUGUCCUUGCUGUUUGACUUGGAAUUAUUAUUUUUUAAAUGUAUUUUAGUAAGUGCAUAUCAGUGAGGUUUUAUGCACCUGUUAUUCAAUGUUUGGGUAAUUUAUACAUGCCCUUUGCGAUGGAAUGUUUCAGAGUGUAAUUCAAAAGGGAAGUUGUGUUUACCAGGGGAGGGGAUUAUUUUAAGAUUCUCUAAGAAUGUAUGUAAGUUUGGCAUAGUAAGAAAUGGGGCACAGCUUAUUGUAUUGUUGGGCUCAGUUAUGCUCUGUGAUCUGUCAUUUUAAAAACACUGGAGCCAUUUAAUUCUCAAACCUGUAAAAACAAGGCCCAACCCAGAGUGGUUAUCUGUAUAUUUGGACCAAAUUCCACCUAUUAACCCAAAACAAGGGUCUUACUGCUUUUUAUGUAAUGGCUGUUUUAUAAUCUUAUUGUAAAAUGCUGGACUGACCUAUUCACCAUUCACAAAAUGGAAUCAUUGUUGUAACAGCACAUUAAAAUUGGUUCACCAUUCAGGUGGAAGAGGGUUGUGUUGAUGAGGUCUGCUGUUUGUGCGGUUGUACGAUUUCUGGAUUGAGAAUUACAUGCUUCCUCCAUCAACUGUUUUCCUGUAAGCAUCAGGGAAGAAUGUGAUUAUUGUAGCCUUUGUGCUUCUCUUCCCAAACAACAAUUGACAAUUUACUGGGUUAGGUUAGGGCGUGCUGAAAAUUCAGCUUUUCCAGUUUAGCCCCUUCCUCUUUAAAUUGUUUCUUUUAUUUCUGAGGAAUUUUAACUUGGUAUCAAUUGCCACCCGAUGGCCAUUUGUUGCGAUUGUCUGAAUUUUCUGUACACCUAAUAAAAAAAUGAGGAGCAGCAGAAAUAAAUGGGUGUCAAUAUUUGGGAGACGGUCAUAAACCAGAUGAAGCCUUUCUGCCCUGAAGGAGUUUAGAUCAGAGGGCACUUUCCAGUUUUUUUAAUUUGCCUUUUCUGUCUUCUGCAACUUGCCAGGGUUGUUUAAUCCGUAACAUGUGCACAAGCCUCUUUGGUAGAAUAUUGGAUAGCCUGUACAGAGCAGCUAGUGAACACCCACCGCAGUCUAUUGGAAUGUUUAGGCAGUGUAAGCUCAAAACCAUCAGAAUAUUGUUACCUUUAGUUUUCUUUUUUCCUUGAUACAAUGUUUCCUUUUUCCACCCUUUCUAACAGGUGUCGGUUCUGUAUGAUAUGGAAUGGCCACCUCAUACUUUUUCACUCUCCAUCUGACUUUAAUUCCACAUUUAUUUUCUCCUCUUUUGUUUUGAGAUCUUCUCCUUUCUUUCUCACCACUCCACUUCAUAUUCCCCUUGGAUAAUUUGUACUCCCACCCCUACCCCCCUCCCCAAAAAAAAUAGGAUUGCUUGUUUGUAAUUCCAUCAAUAUCAAAUGUACAAACGGUUCUUGCUAACCAACAAUUACCGCGUAUAUCUGAUGUUCAGAUGAAUUCAAUAAAACAAUUUUUUUUUCAAAAA